GUUCUUACAUCGAGUUUGCUUACUUUCUGCUUUUGCUACACUUGGAGAUUGAGUUUAGUUAUUUCUUUUCUUAUAGCUCUCUCAUACUUGAAACUUGAGAAAGUUUAUAAGUCUUGAUACGUAUAAGCCAAGAUCAAUGCAAAAUUAUCUAUAUUCUGCCAAUUCUGCCAUUUCAUUUUCUUUUACCUGAUAUUUUUUGUCUUUAGAUUACUUAAGAAAGUUUAUACGUCUUAGCUCUCUGCCAAUUCUGCCAUUUCAUUUUCUUUUACCUGAUAUUUUUUGUCUUUAUAUUACCAUGAGAUUCCCCAUGAAAUUUUUUGCCUAGACUCGUGAACUAAAUCUCCAUUGAACUUUUGGCAGUUAAGUCUCUGAUUUCUAAUGCUAGUACUCACAUUUGGAAAGCAAGUGAUGCCAAUGUUGCUAGCAGGUUGUGUACCCUUGCUGUUGUUGGUUUAAACUUUGGAGGAAAGUAAAUUGAAGCUGCAACCAUUGAUUUCAUACCUUUUCCAAUGUUUUGAGUUGUGUUUGGUAAUUGAGGGUUAAAGAGAGAUAUAAAAUGCUAAAGGUUUAAGAUCAUUUUUGACAUACUAAUGUAGCUUGUCUUAUGGUUUUAUCAGGUAAAAGAUGACUUAUCGAAGCAUGAGAGCAAGGGAAAUACUUGCUGCCACAGCUAAGUCAAAUGCUACUGAAGUUGUUUCACAACCCACCAAAAAACAAGCUACUAAGUCACCACAGACUGAGGUACUUAAGGAUGACAAAUGGGGACCUUUUUCUCCACCCAAUACCACAACAAAAUCUGACCAACAACCACCUAAUAGUUUGGGAUCCGUUUGGAAAAACCAUCCUGGUUCAACAUCGAGUUCAGUCAAAGAGGCAACUACAUCAGGUUAUCAUAAUAAAUACCCAGCAAAAGUCCCACCUAAUAUCCCACCUAAUAUUCCACAAUCAAGUAGACCAAACUCAUCAUUGAAAUCCCUUUCUACUUCUCAUAAACCUCCCGAGCAAGCUAUGAGACGAGGAAUUGAAGCCCUUGAGACUGGUGCUGUUAAAACUUCAGCAACAGCUCCACAGAAUAAUCAAGAUCGACAAAACAGUAGGAAAGAAUCAGAGAAGAUCCCGAUACAAUCUAAGUCUUUACGACCAAAAGCACUUCCGGAUUGGCCCGUAGACAUAGAUUUUGACUACAAGGAGGAGGUGCUAACCAUAGAUGCCAAGGGUAAUACUACAUUAGUAAGUGGUAUUAUUCUGCCAAUUGAUGUAUGGAGUAAUAACGGCGUCCAGUACUAUGUCGAAUUCAAUGAUUUAUGCCAGCCAAUUAGGAAGAGUGGACAUAUUUUGGUUAAAUUCAUUAGUAUGAUUGCGAAGAUGGAGUCACAUUGUCCAGUUGGGGAAAAAGAUUGGAAAGCAAUCGACAAGCAUUUUAAAGGGAAAAUAAUUAAAGACAUAAGAGACCGUUUUGUGAUUCCUCCUGGUGUGGAAUAUGACAACCAAGCUCUCAAGCGUUCCAAUAAAUGUUGGAGGCAGUUCAAAUAUUCUCUGAAACUAAUUCAUUACAAGCCACUAGAGAAGAAAUUGGAUGAUAUGUGUAAUAAUGUGCCACAUGGAAUUACCAGUAGUAACUGGGUUAAGUUGGUAAAAUAUUGGGAUUUAGAUUACGGGAAAACUAUGUCAGAAUGUGGUAAAAAGGCACGACCUUCUCUAAAUCAGAUUCAUACAUCUGGCUCUAAAAGUUUUGCAAACCAACAAGCUGAUUAUGAAGAUGAACAUGGACAAAGAAUGAGCUUGUUAGCACUGUGGAUUAAAACCCAUGCGGGUAAAGACGGAAAAUUUCUUCCUGACACAGUCACUCAAGAUUUUGUGGAUGAUGUUAAAGCUAAGGUUGAAGAGUUGAGGAUGGUGCACCCUAAGAUGUCUGAACAAGAGCUCGAAGAUGAAGCAUUUCAGCAAACUAUGUAUGGCAAUGAGAUUCCCGAUCGUCCGGUGGGUUACGGACAAGGGGUUAAAAAGGGGGACAUUUUCGGAGUACAUGGUGUGUUAAGGAAGGAAGGCUAUGGAAAAGUUCAAAAGAGGACUAUUGUGAUGGAUAGUGUUAAAGAAGAAGUGAAUGCUUUGCACAAAAAAAAUGGUACACUAUCUCAAGAAAAUGAAAAGCUGAAAGACGAGGUCAGACACAACAAUCUUCUUCUUAAAGCGCUUGUUGGACAAUUUUCUCAGAUUGUAGGUGCAGUUCGUCAAGGGAAUGCAUCUCCGGGUCUUCUAAACAAAGGAUCUGAAUUCUUAGGAAAGGCAAAACAUCAGAUUGGAAAAGGCAAUGUAGGUGCAACAAGAGAAUAGGCCGGGACACUUGAGCAUCAACAAGCGACUAUAUCGAUCAAUGUGGCCAUCAUCUAUCUAUUUUGGUUUUUAGUCUUAUAUUAGUGAUGUAUUUAUUUAAGGACAAGCUACAUACUAUAAUAUGCGACCAUUUUUUUUUUAAUGAUUGUAGUACUGUGUAGAUGUUUUCUUUUCUAAAUUUGGUAAUUAACUACGUACUCUUUUUAUUGUUGAUUAAUUAUUGUUUUUUUUAGUCUAGUUAUAUAGAAUUUUUGUUUAUUUUUAUUUUAAUGUUAUCA